AUGAUUUUGGUCGCGCUCAACCAGACCGGACAAGACUCGACCCAAAUCUGCCGCGACUAUAUUUGCCUGUCUCAAUCAUCAAAGUAUCUCAAUAAGGGCAUUGCCAAGGCGCAGAGGGUCAAUCUGUUCCUGGACGAAGUUGUGGAGAAGCCGAAACGCUCUCCGAUAAGAGUUCCAGAAACCCAGGAGAUACCAGUGACGAUUUGGGAAAACAAGUUUGCCUGGAAGUUGUCCAAUUUGCUCUUUAAGAGACUAAGCGGGACUUUUUGCGAGGAACGGAUGCAUACGGUCAAGUUCCAGCUGGAUGGUUUAAGACUGGGCAAGUCGUCUAACCACCCCCUGGUUUUCGACAUGUUCUUGUCUCCAUGUGAACCCACAAACCACUGGCAAGAAACGCGCUGGAGCCCAUAUUCUUUUGACGUUGUGGUUGAUUUGUGCGAAAAGCGUCAACAAAUUUCACACCUGCCCCAAACAACGCUCUUGUAUUUACAAUUUAACAAGAGUUACCUGUCUUACCCCCACGAGAGCUCCGAAUCUUCACGCUACUCCGAUGGCUCGUUCAUGGUCUCCUUGGAUCGUUUGAUGGACGGCGACUUUCUUCGGGGUAGUGUUGGUUUUAAUGCGAACGACAAAACCAUACUUUCUCUGUCUCUGGCUACAGCCUUGCUGCACAUGUUGGGAGGUACUUGGCUGCAACAGCGGUGGACUGCGAAGAAUAUUCAAUUCCUCAGCAACUCAGAGAAGCUUCUCGACCUCUACCGUCCUUUUAUUACUUGCGCAGUCGAGAAGUCCGAACAUGCCAAGAAAAGGCUGGACUCUAGUACGGACAGUCUUGAGUCCAUCAUGUUGUCAUUUGCGCAACUGAUUCUCGAAAUUGAAAUUGGUGAAAGGAUUUCCGUGGUGGCCGCCUCCACGCCCAGGAAUAUGGAAACUACCAUCCUAUCUGUGUUGAAGCAAAGAAACAGAGAUAAUGCCGGAGGGGCUUACACUUUUGCCGUGAUGGGAUGCUUGACCUUCCUCGAACCUCAAGAUCGACCACUGGAAGAUGUCGCAAACAGUGACGAUGCUCGGCUGCAACGAAUACGAUCGGACUUCUACCAAUUCGUUAUCAAACCUCUCGAGGCAAGCUUUGCCCUGAUCCCGGAAGUUUCCAUGUCGCUGAAGUCGAGGACAAUGCCACUUAAUCGCGUUCUCCUGGACCCUUCGCUCGACCAUGCUUUAUAUGGAACGGGAGCAUUGGAUGAUAGACUCAGGACUGUUCCAGCCGCAAGCAUGGAAACCUUGCCGGGGAUUAUCAUCGAAGGCGACGAGCCAACCAACACCGCAGCGAUGCAAGAAAACACGAAAUUUUCCAAGGGCUUUUGGAAGAAUCUCGAGGAGUUUCAGAAUCGCAUCAUUGUCCCCAAGAUGCCAAAGAGUAUCGACGAACAGAGCCGCAUUAAGAUUGCCAUCUUGGACACGGGCAUCUCGACACAGGACACGACUUUGAGCGGAGUGUGUGAGAUGAUCAAGGAAUCUCGCGAAAAGGAACAGUACCCCGAACCCUUUUGGAAUCCUAUUAGAGCUGUUGAAUCAUUCAUCGACGGCGAUGGCGACGACACCGUUGGGCAUGGAACCCACGUUGCCUUAAUGGCCCUCAAGGCUGCCCCCCAUGCAGAUUUCUACAUUGCGAAGAUUUCCAAUGGUUUGGCUUUUGAUAACAUAGACUCAAUUGCAAAGGCGAUUGACUGGGCCGUACGCAAAAACGUCCAUAUUAUCAACAUGUCCUUUGGGUUUGAGAAUUACAAUGCCAAAGUGCACCAGGCCAUUGCAGAAGCGAUGAAGACAACACGACCACCCAUUUUCUUCGCAGCGGCAUCUAAUGGAGGCUUCAACAAUGAACCGUUGUAUCCAGCCAUCCACGAAGAUGUAAUCGCUAUGCACUCGCUCGACGGAAAUGGAAACGAUAGUGGAGGACAGAAUCCGCCGGCACACGAAAUGCUUGGCAACUUCGGCACUUUGGGAAUCGGGAUAACGCUGUUGUGGAAGGGAAAGUCUGCGGUCAAGUCGGGAAGUUCGUAUGCGUCGCCGAUUGCCGCGGGCAUCGCGGCCAACUGCUUGCAGUGGCUUGAGUGGGCGAAGGAACAGGGGAAGCUAGAUAACGAUGAUUACUUGAGGCUAAGGACUGGCAAGGGCAUGCGAUAUAUGUUCAAGAAGCAAGCGAAGAGCAGAAAAAUCCCCGGCGGUAUCAAGUAUGUCGCUCCAUGGAACCUAUGGAGAGGCAAACUGACAGACGGGGAUGUCUGCGGAGUGCUCAAAGAGAAGAUAGACACAGUCCAACCACGAGAGAUGUGA